GAUAAUGAUGGGUUCGUUUGUUCUGUGCCUAUCGUUUUGUUCCUGUAGAAAAUGGUAGAAAGAACUACAUAACAUUUAUUUCGUUCUACCUAGUUAUUUUGGCCAAAAUUGACUAGAGUAUUUUAAAGACUAUGCAUUUGUUUAGCCCAAAGUUAAACCUGGCGAAAUUUAUCUACGAUUAGCAAGUGGGAGUUUGCAGGAGAAGAAGGUCUUAAGAUGACUGUGUACAAGUUCUGCCCUGAAUGCAACAAUAUUCUUUAUCCUAAGGAAGACAGGGAGCAUAAAAUUCUCUUCUUCGCUUGCCGCACCUGUGAUCAUCAGGAGGUUGCUGACAAUAACUGUGUGUAUAGAAAUGAGAUAUAUCAUUCGGCUGAGGAGCGAACUCAAGUGUUGGAAGAUGUAGCUUCAGAUCCAACUCUUCCUCGUACCAAGUCUGUUCGUUGCGCUCAAUGCAAUCAUGGAGAAGCUCUCUUCUUCCAGGCAACUAUUAGAAGGGAAGAAGGUAUGACACUUUCUUAUGUUUGCUGCAACCCAAACUGUGGCUACCGAUGGCGAGAUCAAGAUUCAUAACCUUCACUCUAAUCCAUCUUCUCAUAAAAGAUAUCAAAUCCUUUCAUCCUGGAUAGCAG